GCUGGCACGUGACUUGCUCCUUUGGCGCUGAGGACGAGGAAGCCUUGAGGCCGGAGCUUGGUCUGGGAGGGAUGGAGCGCUGAGCCGUUAACGUCUGCCAGGCGGCCCGCCUCCGUACCUGUUAUCUGCUGCCAGUUCCUCGUCUGACACCUUCCUGGAGUCUCUCUUGAUUUUGGAAGAAAUACUGGAUAACAAACAUGACUGAGUUCUGGCUUAUAUCAGCUCCUGGGGAGAAAACCUGUCAACAAACAUGGGAGAAAUUGCAUGCAGCAACUACAAAGAACAAUAAUCUUGCUAUUAGUUCAAAGUUCAACAUUCCUGACUUAAAGGUUGGCACACUGGAUGUCUUGGUUGGUCUGUCGGAUGAACUGGCUAAACUGGAUGCAUUCGUAGAAGGGGUGGUUAAGAAAGUGGCUCAAUAUAUGGCUGACGUAUUAGAGGACAGUAAAGACAAGGUUCAGGAGAAUCUCUUGGCAAACGGAGUUGACUUGGUUACUUAUAUAACAAGGUUUCAGUGGGACAUGGCUAAAUACCCAAUCAAGCAGUCCCUGAAAAAUAUUUCUGAAAUAAUUGCCAAGGGAGUAACUCAGAUCGACAAUGACCUGAAAUCUCGAGCAUCUGCAUAUAAUAACCUGAAGGGGAAUCUUCAGAAUUUGGAACGAAAGAAUGCGGGAAGUUUGCUAACUAGAAGUCUAGCAGAAAUUGUGAAGAAGGAUGACUUCGUUCUUGAUUCAGAGUAUCUCGUCACGUUACUGGUUGUAGUUCCCAAGUUAAACCACAAUGACUGGAUUAAGCAGUAUGAAACACUAGCUGAAAUGGUAGUUCCAAGGUCUAGCAAUGUUCUCUCAGAGGACCAAGAUAGUUACCUUUGUAAUGUCACGUUGUUCAGGAAGGCAGUUGAUGACUUCAGACACAAAGCCAGGGAAAACAAAUUCAUUGUUCGUGACUUCCAGUAUAAUGAAGAGGAGAUGAAAGCAGACAAAGAAGAAAUGAACAGGCUUUCUACUGACAAGAAAAAGCAAUUUGGACCACUUGUGCGGUGGCUGAAAGUGAAUUUCAGUGAAGCAUUUAUUGCGUGGAUUCAUGUGAAAGCCUUGAGGGUUUUUGUUGAAUCUGUUCUAAGGUAUGGCCUGCCAGUGAACUUUCAAGCAAUGCUACUUCAGCCCAAUAAGAAAACAAUGAAGAGACUAAGAGAAGUAUUAUAUGAAUUGUAUAAACAUCUAGAUAGUAGUGCGGCAGCUAUUAUUGAUGCACCUAUGGAUAUUCCAGGCUUAAACCUGAGUCAACAGGAAUACUACCCCUAUGUAUACUACAAGAUUGAUUGCAACUUGCUGGAAUUCAAGUAAAAACGAGCUCCUCCCAGACAGCCCUGUCCUUGUGUUGGUGUAAUAGCUAACAGAAAUAGGCUGAAGUAUGGCAGUACCUUUAACUCUGUUAUCCUUUGCUUGCUCGUGACCCCUUUUCCUAGGUGAAUUCUCCCAUUGUAGUCCAUUUCUGAACAGUUUCUUUUUAAAGGGAAAUGUAUGUCUCGUUUCUUUUUAUUGAUCAGGUCUGUAAAUGUGUACUAAAAAAAAUCAGAGUCUAUUUAUAAACAGAAUAGUUUAUUUAAAGAGGUCUUUCCUCAUCGAUGUUGUGAUAGGCAUAAUUCCAUUUGUUACUAUUGUGCACAAAAGCCUUGUUUACAAGGGAAUGGUAUAAACAUUUAUACCAUUUUGUUCACUGUAUUCAGUAGACAUAACUGUUAAAUAGUUACUUGAUCAUGAUGUGAAGAUAUGUGACAAUAUUCAGAUAUGUGCUUUCUGAAUGUUUUAAAUAUAAUUGAUGAGCUUUGUUGACACCCACAGGAGAGAAUAAAAUUACCUGUGCAAAGGUG